CCGAAAGUAAAGCCCGCGUCAGACGGUCUUCGCGCGCCGAGCUCUCCGGUUGCUCUUGACGAACUUUACGGUGUGCGAAUCUCGACGAUCCUCGGCGACGGCGAUUUCAUCAUCCGAGCCGACGAACAACGUUUCGACGUACGUGGCGUACGAUUUCGCGGGCACGCGCGCGCGCGACUCCGCGAGCAACGUUACCCGAUCUCUCAGCGAGUUCGAAUUCUGGUGUCGCGCUCCGCUCGUUCGCGAAAGAGCGCCUGGAGCUCUCGCGAUCGGCGCCGAUCAGUUCCGCGAGUGUUUUUUUGUGUGAUGUGCACGGAAGGAGCUGCGAGCCGCCGCAAGAUGAUGCCGACGACCACCAGCGCCUGGGCCUGUUUCCUCACCGUGCUGUGUGCAACGACGACUGUUAAAGCGCUGAGGUCGAAUCUGGCGAUAAGUAUCGAGCCGUACAACGAAACGGCUGUGCGGGCCGGCGACAGUUUGCAGAUCAUGUGCCGGGCUCCGCGAGAGAUUCGCGUUUGCCGCGUGGAGAUCCCCGGCGAGGGAAACGCCAUCCUCCUGUCUCCAGGACAACCGGCGGAAGAUGGUAUCGAGUAUUACGGUGAUGGUUUCGACAAAGGUCAAUGCGGCGUCAAAAUCGCCAAAGUCAAGGAAACCCACGACGGUCUGUUCAAGUGUUCCGUGGCAACGACCGACUCCCGGCAGGAGAUCACCGCGUCUUUGAACAUCAUCGUGGCGAGAGCGCCCACGGAUAUCAAUCUUGUAGUGAAAGACUUUCAUACCGGCGGAACCUCGUUCGUAAAAGGGCAAAAGAUUAUUGUGAGCUGCAAAGCACCGUUUGGACGACCUGCGGCGAAUAUAUCUAUAUAUCUGGACAACGACUUGCUGGAGGAGGACAAGUCCAUGCUGUACAACGAAUACCGCAACCACAUGCAACAAACGGACGUAAAGAACGUGACGCGUACUUUAGACUGGUCAGAUAACGGGAAGAUGAUACGAUGCGUGGCUAAUCACAUCGCUCUCGAGAAACCUUUGGAAACUUCAAUGCUACUCAAUGUAGAAUUUCCGCCGCAGCCACAGUCAACUUUCGAGCGAUUUGGAUACGUGAUUGGCAGACGGGGCACCGUCAACAUCACCGUUUAUGCGAAUCCUAAACCAAAUUUCACAUGGCGAAUAGGCAACAUGGAGAUCCUCGAGGGUCACGCCGACGAGACCAAUCGAUUGCAGACUUCAACCGCGUUCGACAUCGGAAAUGGAGGAUGGAGUCUAAUUUUGUCCAUCAACGACGUUCAGAAAUCCGACACGGAGAAGGAGUACACAUUGGAGGCGCGCAACAACCUGGGAUCGAAUGUAUAUCAUGUCGUUUUGUCGACGUCCUCAGAACCAGCGGGACCGCUCAGUAACCUCUAUGGUAAGCUCUCCGAACACAUGCACGCACUAGGCUUUGAUUUGGACGCUGGAUCCAUCAUCGGUAUCGUCGUGGGUGUCAUGGUGCUUGUACUCAUUAUUUUCCUCGUAAUCUUUGCACGUGCAACCGGCCGCUGGUGUUUUGCAGCGAGGCGUCGCGGCGAUGAGGAGACUGCGGAUGGCGUCGGCGCCGGAAGUGAGGCGCACAUUACGCCCAGCGACGAGGACGAGGAGGAUCACGAGGACCCGCGUAUCAUCGACGAGAAAGUGCCGCAAGGAGGCCAAGAGAAUCCGAUACACGCGAGCACCGAAUACGUGAACGGCCGUACGGACAUUAAAGACGCCAAGAAGGACGAGAAGACGGACACGCCUGUUUAAAAAAAAAAAAAAAGGAAUUUUCCAAGCGGGCACUUUCACGCACUUUCCUACGUCGUCUCUUUAACCUCCUUCUUCCGCUACGCGCGGGGUAAAACCGAGCUGUCGCGAUUUCCACACGUUAAAUCGGCUACCAGUACAACAACCACCCAAAAGUUUCCUUCCGGUUUCAGUUUUAGCGCGCGCGCGCGCGCGCAUCAGCGAGAGAAAGAGAAAGGGAGAAAAAGAGAAAAAUCGCGCGCGGACACGCUUUACACGCGUUUAUUUAUCUCGCGUUUCGUUCACGGGAAGACGAAUUGUUUCGGUAUAAGACGAAUUACGUAAACGUAGGUGCGCAUUUAAUACUUUUCUUUUUCAAACGUUCGAAAUACAAAACAAGCAGGUAGCAGUUUCGCUCUUAACACAUCGCGCUUAACGAAUGUCCAAGAGCAAAAAGGAAAUAUAACACGAAAGAAAGAAACGAUCGUAGAAGUGUGCAGCGUGAAAUUGCGCCUGACGGCAGACGUUGUCGAAAUUUCAAGCUAGGGACGAGUUGCGUUCCGAUAGCGCGUCGCGUUCGCAUUUUUCUUCGACGACAGCUGAUUAAGUCUUCGGAAACGACCAUAGGUGUUCGCGUCGGUUAAGCUCGAUUCUCGGCCCAUCGAUGUUCGGCUCCGACGCACCGGAAUCUCCCCUUCGUGUCGGCCAGUGAAGAUACUGUUUGGCUUUUUUAUACCUUUUUUUUUUAUUUUCCCUUCUUUACGGACGCGAGCCGAGUAAAGCGAAUCCAACUUCAAUGCAGAUUCGCUGGAUUAAAUUACUAAUUUUUACAAUCUCUUCAACGGCGUUAAUCGGAUAAUUUAAGAAUACUCAAUAUUUUAAAGGUAGAGUUUUUAUCUUAAGAGAAGCAGGGAUCUGAUGUAUGUAAAAAACGCGAAUCUCAAUUUUGUUAUGGAUCUACGAGUGUGUCCGGUCACGAUGGCGAUCGGGAGAUUUUCGCCGCGAUACUCUCGCCACUGGAGAGCAGAGGCAUGUGGCCUCCAAAAGGGCGGGGAUUUAGCGAUGAUUAUAAAGUAGUUAUUACAAAUUUCCGGGGACACGCCUUGUCCCCAUCGACGGCCACGAUAGGCAUCCUCGCGACGUACCGAACAAAUCAAAUUGUGCAGCCGAUCUUUUUAUAAACAUGACACACGAGACGACACACGUUCGUUUACGCGCGACGAGACAGACGCGUGCAUGUGAGGAUUUGCGCCGGUUUGUUGGGAGUCGGUGAAAGAAGCUACACGAGAGGGGGGACACGUUUCUCCUUGCUUUUACCGAAUCAAUCCGCACGCUCGACGUAAGUUUCGCGAUAUUCGGGUAAGAUAAAAGCACCGACAUGCGCUGGGAUACGUAUCUAACAAUGGAGGACAUUCUUGUCAUUUAGACCUUUGUAUACGAAUAUUUAAGCGCGUUCAACAUACAAUAUAUACGUAUAUGUCUAUUAAAUAUACAUAUGUUACGUGUCGAGGAACUAAACAUUAAAUAUUCGUAUCUGAAGAGCUAAAUAAUAAAAUGUUUCGAAGUGGAUAAGUAUCUCGGCAUCGCGAUACUUUUAUCUCAAUUGCAUUCGUGCAAGGAACGACGUGGGCGCGUAUCAUUAACGCUAAGGCGAAGAAGCACAUUCCGUAAUAUGAGGUAUUUCUUUCUCAGCUAUAAGUAGACGUGUUUUCGUGAACGUAAAAAUCUCUUUGUGGAAUCUAUCUCUAUUAUUACUGUGAUCGUGAUGUGUUUCGACUUCGUGCGUGUCUGUAACCAUGUCUUUUCUCCGCGUUGACCUCCCGAGACUACCGAGUGACGACUACUCUCGGUGAGAAAUUUCACGAGUUUCAGCAAUUCAUCGCGAGACGCACUCUCGUUUAAACGACGCUACAGAUUCGCCGGGUUUUAACGUUUGCUCUUACGACGGUCACACUUGUGUACGGCAUCAAGAGAGAACGCGCAACGAGCGAACAACGAGAACGAUUGCCAAGCAUAUGGGCGGAAGAAAGAUUUUUUUUACGAAAUUUCAACGUCCGAACGACGUCCCCAUCGAAAGUGCGAUCGCGUCUUUGUAUUAUUCACCACGACUGCAAAUUAUCCCACGCCUUUUGUACUGUAACAUUUUUACGAACGCUGUAACAUUCCCGAAGUGCGUUUUACUUACGUGCAUUUUAUCGGAGAGUGAGAUCUUUUUAUAAGUUACAUGUAUACACAUAUAUGUAUAGUACAAUAAGAUCACUGCGCGGACGUACGGAAUGUUGCGUAAGUUCCUAAACAGGGUUACAACAUUACGCAUUAUUCACCUAAUUCCAAAGAGUUCGAUGCUAAGGAUACGUACACGCGGAAAAGUCUGUCAGCCGGUUCAAACGAUGUAUCCGAAAUGAUGAUUCCGAAAUACGAGUCAGUCGUAGAUAUUCGAAAAAAAGAUAUUUUCUGUCAUGAUUUCGCCCACCCCACUUCCUUGUUUUCCCGACUUACGCAACUUACGAAACAUACUGUAUAUAAUUGUAGCGACUAAAGGUCCGCAAGGACGUUUCGAUAAUCUAUAUUAAAUACAACUUUAUAAGAUA